GGAUCAGUGCCCGAUGCCAUCGCGAUAAAUCCACGGGUCAUCGGUACAGGCUCCUCCACUUUGGCGCGGAAAAAGUAGAAACUCUAGUUAUAGCAAGGCAGUAAAUCGUCUUGAAAAAAAAAACUAUAGAUAAAAAUAGUGCAGGAUAGGUACAGAAUUUUCCCCAACCAGUGGUUGUGCUUGUAAAUAGUUUAUAAACCUAUUGUAUAUUAUCUAAAAUGCUAUUAAAAAAUCAGCUAAAAAAUAUUGUUAUGUUAAAAGUAUUUUUAUGAUUUUGCGCUGUUGUAAAGUAUGUAAACAUUCUCUUAUUUUCGUUUUUCACCUCUGUUUGCCGUUGCCUUUGUUUCCACUCUUAUGUUCAUGCGUUUUACAACACUGCAACGGCACUUGACAACACUGACUACAGCAACGCCAAUAUCGCAAUAAAUAAAUUUGUGGAGAAAAAUCACUUUUGACGUACUAAUUACCUAGAGAAAAGUAUUAAAAAUGCCCAAGGGUCGUGUUAGCAAUGUGUGGCAGCACUACGAUAUUAACGAGGAGUGCGAAAACUUUGCGAUAUGCCGUUAUUGCGGCAACAAUAUAUCGCGUGGUGGCAUGGCCAGCAAUUUGAAGGGCAACAAUACGACCAAUUUGUGGACGCAUCUGCGGCACAAGCACAGGGACGAGGUGCUGGUCAGUCCGGUGCAGCAACGUCCCCAGGCCCGGAUGAUCCCAAUCAUCAAGAAAGACAAAACCGUGCGGAUUACCAAGGCCAAGACGCUGAGGGAGCCGCUGCGUGUGGCCAAGCCGAAGAUCGAGUCGAACGUCGCCAAUUAUCUGGGCGAGGCGGGCGCCCUGCCGCAAAAGUGGGAGGAGUACGAGCAGAACGAUGAGAUUAGCGAGGACAUUAAGGACAUCAUAUACAGCGAGGAUCCACUGUGCUAUAGUCCUAUACACGUGAUGGAUGAUGAGGGCCUGGAUCAGCCUGAGAAGCAAGUGACCGUGCUAACCCAUUCGACUUCACCAGCCGGUGGAAGUAGCAGGCCCAUCGGUGUUGGUUCGGGCGUACAGGCUACUGUGGUGGCCUCCACGUCCUCCAGCAGCAGCUCGGCCAAGCAGCUGAAGAACAACCUGGAGACGUCCAUCGAACGGCUGACCGCUGUCAGCGAACAGCUCAGCUACAUCAUACAACAGAAUCACGAGGAGCUCACCAAGGACGACGACUACUAUUUUGCACUUAGCUUGGUGCCCGCAAUGCGCCACCUUUCGCUCAGUCGGAAGAUGUACGUGCGGUCCAAGAUCCAGGAUAUACUGUUCAAGGAAAGUGAGGACUCAACGCUUGCCAAGGAUGAGUAGGCGGUCCAUUAUAUACAUUUACCCAGAGGAAUAAUAAAACGAGGAACGAAGGAAACCAUAUGGUAAAUGGGCAAAUCAGCGUGUCGUAAUCUAGGUUAAUAAUUAUACAUAUGUUAUGUAUUCAUUUAAAUUAUGCUCUUUUAUCGAUUGAAAAUACUUACUUUGAUUGUAUAUUUCCCAAUUAUAUUUUACUUAAAACUCAAAUAAAGCACUACAAUAAAUU